CGACGACGACGACAACGACGGCGAAUCCACCACCACCGCACCACCGACAAUCACGAGAGAGACGCGCACACCCACAUACGCCCAGGCCACCAUCCCCCCCGCCCCUUCCACAAUGCCAUCAACAAUCGACUUUUCCCUCUCGUCCAAGUCGGCCAACAUGAAGCGCAAGCAAUCAUCACCACUGACCAGCGCGCAGUCGCUCCUCGCGGCGCUCGGCAAGCCCGGGCAACGGGGUUACAACGCGCCGCCUAGCAGCUAUGCGGCCCCAGCAGCGAGCUACACGCCGAGCAUUGCCUCGAGCGACGAGUCGCACGAGACGUCCAACUUUUACCCCGACAGCAGCACGCGCGGCGCGCGCUCGGUGAGCAACAGCACGACGACGACCGCCGCAAGCAUCUACGGCCGGGCAGCGAGCGUCGGCGCGCCAGUCGCCAUCAGACGCCCAGACGACGUGUACCGCCUCGUGCGCGAGCGUCUCGCCGCCUGGUCGUAUCUGAUGCAGUGGUACAACGGCGACUCGCCGUGGCUCAACACUGUCCACGUCUCGCGCACGGCGCUCGAGGCGACCCUCGGACCAAAGGUCCUCGACAUGCGCGCGCGCCAGGAGUACGCGCUCGGCUUAUCCCUCGCCGCGCUGUUUGACAUCACGGGCGCGACCGACUAUUUGCGCGCCGUGUCCAAGCUGCUCGAUGAGUGGGAGCAGUGGGCUGAGACCGCCGCGAGUAAAGGAGUGGUUGUGGGGCCUAUCAGAAACUUCUUCCGCCCACAACGCGCAAAGCCCCGCCCGAGUGUCGCGACCAACACUGCGACGGCAGAGGUGACGUUAGCGCCAGUCGACGCGCAGUCCGAGUCUUUCCUCGUGCUCGCGGUCAUGCCCUUCACGCCCGACUACUUCCAGGUACACGCGUCGACGUGCUCGAUCAUCCGCGACGUGUACAAGAAGGUGCUCGGCAUGCUUCUCCCGCCGUCGCGCGGGCAGCGCCCGGCCGACCCAGGCGCCGGCACGCUCCUGCACCCGUCGACGCUGAUCCUGGGCACUGCGCUCGACGGGAGCCAGGUCGAGGUCGCGAGCGACGCGGCCAUCGUUGGCGGCGAGCUGCCCCACGACCGCACGCUCACGGGAGAGGGGCAGAAGCUUGCCCCGUCCGUCGUCGAUCUGCUGGUCAAGGUCGACGCGCGCCUCAAAAAGCACUACGCCGCGCUGGUGCGCGACGGCGACGUGCUCGCGCGCAAGGUGCUCGACGAGGAGAUGGAGCGCCUCACGGCGUCGCUCACGGGCGGCACGAGCUUGAGAUACACGGUCGCGGCUGUCGAGGCAAAGUAGGGGACGAUAGUGGACGAGACGAGGGGCGGGAUACGACUAAUCGACAGUACUAG